GGACCCUGAUUACCCCUCUGACACUAACACACACACACACACACACACACACACAGCACUCUGACAGACUGACAGAGGACGGAGGGACGAAGCAAAGAGGAACCUGUGAGAGAACAACAACAAAGAAAAAGAAAGAACGUAGAACUGAACCAAAAGAAAGCAAAGGCAAGGAAGAAGAGUGGGAAUCAGGCAGGAGAAAGAGGUGCUGUGUGCUGUGUUCAAGUGGAACCACCAACGAAAUCCCAAACCAUCUAAACCAGUCUGUCCAUUAAAUUAUUCCUUCUGCUCAGAAGAAGACAAUACAUAGUUACAACAUCCAGCCAUCAGCAGAGAGCUUCUGCUAUUUUUCCGUUAGUAAAAAAAAAAGUCAGCACUUAUCUCAGCGUCAGGAAACAUUUCUUUUUGUUGACCAGUUUGAUUUUUAGGAAGUGAAUCGGUGUCCCUGUCAGUCAAGAAGUCACCUCAGAAACUAACCUUACUGUAGGAAAACAUCUACUGAAGUAAAUUUAAGACUAAAAGCUAGAAAAAGCCAACCUUAACACUUGAAAAUGGCUCCAAAGAAGAAGGCCUCCCGUCCGAAGAAAGCAGCCGUGGAGCCCAUCGCCCAGGUCGCCAUGGAGACCACCCAGACUCAGCUGAAGGUGGAGAGCCUCGGUAACGGCGUGGUGGUGGUGGAGAGCGGGGUGAAGAAGAUCGAGCAGAUGGCGGCGCUGGACAUCGCCCAGCUGAACAGCCUCAACCUGCCGCUGCCGCCGCCUGUCAUCAAGCCCGGAGAGAGAGGCCUCGGCCUGGGCAGCGAGCUGACACGACCCCUGCACGGCAACGCCCUGCUGGAGGAGCUCAGCAAGAUGCGCCAGGAGAAGUUCCUGACUGAUCUGGAGUUGGCCUGUAAGACAAAGGCCUUUGACGUCCACAAGCUGGUCAUCUCCUCGGUCAGUCAGUACUUCAGAGAGAUUCUGGCCAAAGAUCCUGGCAUGAAGCGUCUGGAGCUGCCCUCCCUCUCACCUCUGGGCCUGGCCAAUGUCAUCACCUUCGCCUACCUGGGUCGCGUCCACAUGUCCCUCUACACCAUCGGCUGCACCGUCUCCGCCGCCGCCACCCUGCAGAUCCCCCAGCUCCUCAAGAUGUGCAUGGACUUCCUGCUGGCCGAGCUCAACGUGCAGACCUGCGUCUACAUCUGGAACAUCGCCGCCGCCUACGGCCUGCUGCCCGUGUGCGACGCCGCCCGCCGCUUCGUCCUGGAGAACUUUGUGCAGUUCGCGGAUACGCCGCUGUUCACCCAGCUGACCCUGGAGCAGAUCUCUGCCUUCCUGCAGGAUGACAUGCUGCUGUUGCCUUCGGAGGUCACGGCCUUCCAGCUCGCCAUGAAGUGGCUCGACUUCGACGCCUCUCGUCAGCCUCACGCCGCAGAGCUCCUGUCUCACGUCCGGUUUGAAACGAUCCCGGCGAGCGAGCUGGUGAGUCAGAUCCAGCCGGUGCCCCGCAUGAUGAUGGACCCUCAGUGUCACCGCCUGCUGGUGGACGCCAUGAACUACCACCUGCUGCCCUACCAGCAGAACACCCUGCAGUCCAGACGUACGCAGGUCCGCGCCGCUCAGCAGACUCUGCUCACCAUCGGAGGACGUCCGUCACUCACCGAGAGAGCUCUGAGCCGCGAGGUGCUGUGGAGGGACCCUCGCGAGGGAGGAGCCACCUGGCGCCACCUCACCCAGCUGCCGGCGAAGAGCUUCAACCAGUGUGUGGCUGUGAUGGACGGCUUCCUGUACGUGGCCGGAGGAGAGGACCAGAAUGACGCCCGCAACCAGGCCAAACACGCCGUCAGCACCCUCAGCAGAUACGACCCUCGCUUCAACACCUGGCUCCACCUGGCCAGCAUGCGUCAGCGCCGCACCCACUUCUCCCUGGCUGCCAGCGGCGGGCGGCUGUUUGCCAUCGGCGGCCGCAACGUGGAGGGUCUGCUGGCCACCACCGAGAGCUACCUGCCCUCCUCCAACACCUGGCAGAUGCGCACGCCUAUGGACGUGCCCCGCUGCUGCCACUCCAGCGCCACCCUGCCCUCCGGCGACAUCCUGGUGACCGGCGGCUACAUCAACUGCGCCUACUCCCGCUCAGUGGCGUGCUACAAUGUGGAGACCGACACCUGGACCGAGAAGGCCUCCAUGGAGACUCCCCGCGGCUGGCACUGCUCCGCCACCCUCGGGGGGAAGGUGUACGUGGUGGGAGGAAGCCAGCUGGGACCCGGCGGAGAGAGGGUGGAUGUGCUCUCCGUGGAGGUCUUCUCUCCGGAGAGUGGAUCGUGGAGCCGGGCCGCCCCUCUCCCGCUGGGCGUGAGCACCGCCGGCCUGUCCCCCCUGGCUGAGAAGCUGUACCUGCUGGGAGGCUGGAACGAGGCAGAGAAGCGCUACAAGGCGGCCGUCCAGAAGUACGACCCGGCCACCGACAGCUGGUCCAUGGCCGAGGACCUGCCCGAGCCCACGGUGGGAGUGUCCUGCUGCACCCUGACCCUGCCGCCCCGCCCCGCACCGCGCCGGCAGCAGCACCGCAACACCCCGGCCCACGAGGAGCAACAGCAGCCGCAGCAACAGGCUGCAAAGAAUCGGAGCAGAGAGAGCAGCGUGGCCCCGUCACAAACCAUCACUACAUAAAGACAUGAAGCAGAGAGACUAGAGGAGAGGAGGGGUGGUUUAACCUCUGGAGAACAUCUGGAUUAGAGCUGCAACUAAAUGAUUAAUCUGUGGAUUGAUUAUUCAGUCAGUCAUUUAAAUCGUUUGGUUGAUAAAAUGUGAAAAAUAAUGUAAAAACAUCCAAAGUGACAAAGGUGACAUCUUCAAAUAACCCAGAGAUAAUCAGUUUAGAAUGAAAUCUGACAGAGAAGGAAGGGAAUAUUCAGCAUUUUUCACAGUUUGAGCUUGAUAAAUGACCUCAGUGAUCACUCAUUUAUUAUUUUUGGGUCGAUCGAUUAAUUAAGUAAUCAUUUCCGCUCUAAUCUGGAUCAUGUCUGCUCUUUUUCUGUUCACACUUAUGAGGAAAAGUUAAUUUAUUUAACAUUUUAACACCAAAAAAUUCACUUUUUUUCCCCAAAAACUUUGUGAUAGGCUGCAUCAGUCAAUAACAACCUAAAGAUCCAAGACAAAGAGAAAAAAUAAGCAGCAGCAAGGCUUGAAUAACAAUAAUAACUUAAUAAAUUGUUAAAUCAAUAUUUGAACAGGAAAAUAAAAUUAAACAAAGGAAGUUUACAUUUUAGGGGCCAAGAAACACUGAUAACAACAAUAACAGACAGUUUAAAGAAAGUUUAUGUAACUUUUUCUAAACAUUUUCCAUGAGUGACAAAAACAAAUCACAGUAAAUUUUAAUUAUAUUGAGGCUGUAACAGAAUAAGAGUUUAUUUCUUAUUAAUUCAACUUUUCUUUUGCAAAAGGAAGAAUGUGUUAUUUCUCAUUUCAAAAGUCUCACUUCUUUUUUGGGUCCAGAAAAAGGUCAUGAAGCACUGAUCCUGAAUCCCUCUGAGGACUGUGAUUUAAUUUUUUGUUUGACAUUUGUUGUCCUGCAUCGUUACGAAAAAUAUUUACAUGAAAUGCCCAGUGCAUGCAUCUGUGCUGCAAGACAGAAAACAGAGCUUGCAUGAUCCAAAGUGGUCUCAGGAGGUUUUACAGUGAUGGAGAAACAGAGAUGAAUGAAGGGAUGAAGUGGGGAGUGGAGGAGGUGGAGGUGGAGAGGUGAGGGACGGAGGACGAUGGAGGAUGGAGAGACGGGAACAGCGGCUGUGUCUGAGUUUGGGUUUGGGUCGAGAAAACAUCAAGACGAAUGUGAAUUCACCGGCAGUUUGUGUACAAAGAUGUAACUAAGCAGAGUGUGUGUGACUGUGAACAUGAACCGUGAAUGAGUGUGUGUGUGUGUGAGAGAGAGAGAGAGAGUGUGUGGGCGCAGGAAACAGGAAAUGAGCCAUUUCUGACUAAAACUGCAGUAAUUAAGAUUUCUCAUCAGGAAACUUGAAACAUUUCUCACGAGUAAAGCAGCAGGCCGGCAAUAAACAAACCUGUGUUUAUUGUUUUUAUUUAUUUCAGUAGUGUAGCUCGAUUGUGACAGAAAUUAUUUAAAAAGAUGUAGAUGUAGUACUUAAAAAAGAAAAUUUUGUAAGUGCGAUGGAGCGGACGGAUUAAGAGGAGAAUGUAACGAGGAGGAGGGAAGUGUUAAAUCAGCAACACAGGUGAGAUUUAAAAUGUGGAAAAAAAUGUACAAAAAGCAUCACUGCACACUUUAGCUUCCCCAGGAAACCAACAAGACUGGAGAAAAUGUGUUUUAAAAAAAAAAACAUAAAAAUAUGAAAAAUUUUGCAAAAAAAAUCUGACAAAGAAAAAUCUAACAAGAUAAAAAGAGAAAAUAAAAAUAUGUAAGUUCACCUGUGUUUGUGUUUUAAAGCAUCUGCCUCCUCAAACAUUUAAUUUUUACUGAAACUAAGACAAAAACCAAACCAACUGAAGAACCAGUGAGACUCCAGCAGGAGAGAAGACAAACUGCUGGGAGCUGUGAUUGAUGAUUAUUGAUUAUUGAUGAGGCUGAUGUGGCUCUUUCGAUCAGCUGAAUCCCUCUGUAUUGGUCUCCUUCUUGGCGCUGGUUUCUGUGGGGUUUCACUGAAUAAAGCCAAUCUAACCUAAACAA